AUGGGAGGCUUAAAAGCCACAAAACUACGACUACAAGCAGAGUUACUUAAGAAACUAGAGCCGGUUCCUGAAUAUUUAGUAGAUGAAAGAUGGAAAUUGUUUAAGAAAGAGCUUCCAUUUAGGCAUGGAUAUGAAGAAGUUUUGGAGGGAAAACUUUCAGCUGAAUUACUAAAUUCUAGAUUAAAAGCCAAGCCACAUAUUGAAUCAAGAUUAAAAACAUUAAAAAAUGAUUUUCAAACUGUUCAUGAGAUGUUAACUGGUACUAACACAAGUGGAUUUGGAUGGGAUGAUGUGAGGAAGUUUGUCACUGCAGAAGAUGCGAGUCAUAUCAAGGCAGCUUCAUUUAAAAACAAAUCUUUUCCACUUUAUGAAGAUUUAAGUAUUGUGUAUGCAAAAGACCAUGCUAAUGGAAAAAAUGCAGAAUCGCCAAUUAAUGUUGCUGAAAAUUUAGAUAUGGAAGGAAAAGGAAACGAUGAUAUAGAGAAAAAUGGAAAAGAUGCAGAAUCGCCAAUUAAUGUUGCUGAAAAUUUAGAUAUGGAAGGAAAAGGAAACGAUGAUAUAGAGAAAAAUGCAAAAGAUGAAUAUACUAAUCUUGGAGAAGACUUGCAAACACUCCAAACUGGCAAAGGUGAGGGACUUUCAUCUAGAAAAAGGAAAAAAAGAGAUAAAGGCAAAGAAAAUAUAAUGGAAGCAAUGAAAGAAGUUGCAAGCUUGCUUGGCUCUCAACUUAAGGAUGUGUUAGAUAAACUUAGCAAAGCAGAUAUAGGAACAAUAGCAUCUGAAAAUUGA